GUGAAUGAAGACGUUGAUACGGUUCAAGAGGACGUGUAUCUUCGCAACGGUCUGGCCUUGCCCAAGAACCCGACGUUCAAGGGAUCGACGAAGGAGGAGCAACGUGUGUUAAUGGCCGCGUACAAUCUGUACAUGAGCCAGACGAAUUCUCUCACGGCAAAUGGCGUGAAGCCCUUUAUCAUGCCUUUUCUCCAAGGCUAUGACGUUGACCCGCGUGCCCUAGACACGCUGAAGAAGCGAAUAAAGGCAGCGGUGGAUUUCGACAUGACCAUUCCGGGUGCUGAAUCCAGGAUUGGUGGGAUGCUUGACGGCCUGGCGGCCGCCCUACGCCGGGAUGGCCAGGAAUGGGUGAUCCAGGAGGAGAGCGAAGCGAUCAUAAAGAUCAUCGCGGAAGCG